GCGUUCUCGAACGUCAGAGUAGGAGGACAAGAAGUUCUCGGACACAUGCUCAUCAUGUCAGGGCGGCGGUAACGACUUAAAAGGGUACUACCUAAUUGCCAACCAUCCCGCUCGCAUUUGAGAAUGGUGCCUGCAGCCUGCCCACAGGAAAAGCAGCCUGGCAGCUUCGAAGGUCGACUUCAAAUUUCAGUCUGAUCAGAGAACAUCUGGGGUUGAGGGGCGGGCAGCAGUGAAAACUUCGUGUUCUGCCAUGCCCAAGUGUUCUCACAAGGAGAACUGGAUCGCAUAAGUGGUUCCAAGGGGUGUAAUCGUCACAAGGAGCAUUGAUCGUUUCCAGGCAUGGCGCCAGCUGUGGAAGAAGCGCCCGACCAAAGGCAGCCUCUCCUUCCAGAUGAUAGGGAGGAGGACAGCGAGCGGGUGGCAAUUGCUGUGUUGUCAAGACCAACUUCGCCGAGGCUUUGUGGAGCGGAUGGCACAUGCGGACUGUCCACGCUAGAAAAAGGGCCGUCUGACAUUGCGGAAAGGGAGAAGGCGAGGCGCAAGCUGAUUUCAGCAAUCGGCCUGUGCUUCAUCUUCAUGAUUGUUGAGGUGAUCGGAGGCUUCCUGUCCAACAGUCUAGCCAUCAUGACAGAUGCCGCUCACCUUUUGUCUGACAUCGCCGGGUUCGCCAUCUCCCUGUUUGCCAUCUGGAUGGCUGGAUGGGAGGCCACGCCCAAGCACAGCUUCGGUUACCACCGCAUGGAGAUUCUGGGAGCCUUCCUCUCCGUCCAGCUUAUCUGGUCAAUCACCGGAAUCAUUGUCUAUGAGGCGGUUGUUCGCCUGCUCAACAAGGAGGCGCACGUCGACGGUCGCCUCAUGUUCUUCACGGCCGCCUUCGGUGUCUGCGUCAACGUCAUCAUGAUGUCAGUCUUUGAGCAUGGCCAUGCGGGCCAUUCGCAUGCACACGGGGAAAGCCACGGUCACAGUCACGGAGGGGGGGGUCACGGGCAUAGCCACUUAGGGGGGGGGCAUGGACACAGUCACGGAGGGGGGGCCCACGGGCAUAGUCAUGGAGGGGGGGGGCACGAGCACAGCCACCGGGGAGGGGGUGACGGACACAGCCAUGGCGAUGCCGGCGGUAGAGAGAACCAGAAAGAAAAGGGGCGGGAAAAGAAGCAUGGGGAAGCUAUUCACGGGCCGAUCAGGAAAGGGGGGGAGUCAGUGGUGGUCACGAUUGAGAAGGGGAUUCGCGUGGCGGGGGGGAAGAAAGUCGGGAGCGGUGCGCACGAGCACGGUGAGAAGGGGCACAGACACGACGAGCUAUCCCACGAAGAGCACGCUCACAUCGAGGGGGGUGCUAAGAGGAUCGGCCAUGCGAAUGGGGCGCAGGAAAGCUCGAGCGCGAGUGGUAGGAGGAACGAAGAGGGAACAGGGCCCAGGAACAGAGCCGAGAAUGAGACCGGAAUUGAAAACGGAAACGGACACGGAAGCGGAAGUGAGCUGGAGUACGAGACUCGGCUCCCGAUUGAGGAGCUCCUUAACUUGGAACCCCACCCCUCGGACGGCCGGGGGCUCGUCCGGCGCCUUUCCAGCCACACCAACGUCAAGCCGUCCGAGAACAUCAACAUCCGCGGGGCGUAUUUACACGUGCUCGGGGACCUGGUGCAGAGUGUGGGGGUAAUGCUCGCGGGACUGGUGAUCUGGUUCUUCCCGGAGUGGCAGAUCGUGGACCUGGUGUGCACGUUGCUGUUCAGCGUGCUCGUGCUCGCGACGACGGUCAACAUUCUGCGGGACAUCUUGGAGGUACUGCUGGAGUCGACGCCCCGCGCGAUCAACGCCGAGGAGUUGGAGGAGCGGCUGAUGCGGGUGCAGUCUGUCGUGGACGUGCACGAUCUGCACAUUUGGCAGAUUACCAUGGGCAAGACGCUGCUGGCGUGCCACCUGCGCAUCGACGUUGAUGCAGACUCAGAGGACGUUCUCCUAGAAGUUACUGAGCUUUGUGAGCGGAAGUACGGUAUUGAGCACGUCACAAUCCAAGUUGAAAAAGCAUGGGGCCCUGUUUAGAGCUAGGCCUCGUAGACUCUUAUAUAGCAUUUAGUCUGCGGCACCUGUAUAGUACUCAGCCGGAAGCAAAAGCUCUAACAUUAGAGUUUACAUCCGGGCUGAUAAGCGAGGGGCUUCUCAUUUGCUAGUUGAACAUUGUUGUUCUUGAUACAGUGCAAGCUUCAAUCAGAACACCUCACAAGGUUCUUCUAGCCAAGUCUUGCAAGAUCGACCGGAUGGCCAUGCUUGGCGAUGCGACAGUUGCGAGGAUUACAAAUUACUUGCGCUUAUUAGGUUGAGGCGAUCAUGCAUGGCGCCUUUUGUACAUCGCGCGUGGCAUUCGCUCUUCC